AUGACCCCGACGGCUACGAUUCCGACUACAAUGAGCCCAAUCUUGAUUCUACAUGAUUGCAACCUCUCGUUUUCGAACUUUACCGCCGCCUCAUGGCACUCCCGGGCCUCGCCCAAACUCACGUCAGACUCCCGCACCAUUUCGCUUAUCGAAGCUGUCGAUGCCAUUGUCGUCGAUUUUCUCCAAUCCCUGCCACCGCUUGUAACGCCCGAAUCGAGCCUCGGCCUCGAGACUCCGUGGUGGCCGCCAACAAUGGUGGCCCACCUCGCGGCUGAGCUGUCUGUUAUAUGCGCUGCCAUCUCCCAGAUGGACCAGGAUCGAAUCGGAGCCCCGGGGCCGACUUCGGCAAGGAAGGUCGCCUGGAACGGUUGCGGUCAGGCUCUGUCACGGACACGGUCUGCGCAGGCCCUGCUUGAGUCUGCUGCUUUCAACCUGACCUCUGUAUCGCCAUGGUUGCUGGGUGCCUGCGUUCGCAUAGAGACUAUUAGAGGCCGUCUCCUCAAAGCCCCUCUAGGUCCCUACCUAACGCAACAGCUGGCCAUCUGGCCUAAGAUCUCGUAG